AAAGACGAUGAUGAAUGAAUGAAAUGAAUGAAUUGAAUUGAAAGAAAAAACCUCGCCCUCACCAUAGUUUGUUGAUAUCGAAAAAACAGCAACUUGCAACUUGUAUAUUUUCAUAUCAUCGACAAAGAGGCUCGCGAUCGAUGGUUGUUGUUGUUGUUGUUGUUGUCGUCGUCGACGUCGUAUAAACAUACAACAUACACAAAAUGAUUUUAAUGAUGAGCCAUAAUUCUCUUCGUGUGUUUAUUGUUUAUGUGUGUGAAAUGUAACACGAAGAAACGCGAAUCAUCAUCACAACAAAUCAACCAAUUUUAAUUCGUUAUGGUUAAGAAGAACCAGAAAAAAAGACCACCAAAGUUUCGUAGAUUAGAUAAAAAACUUGUGGCCGAACAUCGAACUUUUAUUAUUUGUUUGUGUUUGCGUGUCUGUGAGUUUGUGUAUUUUACAUUAGAUUGUCUGUGUUGUUGAUAUCAUCAUUGUCAUUGUAUCCUUAUUGUUGUUGUUGGUGAUUUCUCCUCAUAUGUGUAAUUUUUGGAUUUUCACCAACUACCACGACGACGACGACGACAACAAUACAUAACCGAUUUCGAUUAUAAGGAUGAUGUUGUAUCAAAAAACAAUCAAAAUAGAAAAAUGAUCGAUAUAGUUGGACAAUUGUCAUGAGAGAAACACACAAAAGAUACAUUGCAAUUUUGAUUUGUAUAAGAAAAAAAAAGUAUUGCCAAAUAACUGCAAAUUUCCUGAUUCUCACAUGUAACAAAAAUGAAUGAAUCACUUUUCUUCCAUCUCUAAUCCACGACGACAUUUGAAAAGUCUAUAAUUUGAAACAAUCUCAAGAACAAAAUAUGGACAAUUUAAGCAAUCAACAAAUUGUACAUGCCGGUUGGUUGAUUAAAUCACCACCAGAAAAACGAAUCUGGAAAACAAAAUGGAGACGUCGUUGGUUCGUAUUGAAACCAUCAGGACAAAUACCUGGACAAUAUGUGCUUGAAUAUUAUACGGAUUCAACGUGUAAAAAACUUAAAGGACAAAUUGAUCUGGAUCAAUGUGAACAAGUGGAUGCUGGAUUACAAUUAGAGAUACGUAAACAAAAUUAUGAUAAUAUGUUUGAUUUACGUACAUCGAAACGAACCUAUUAUCUAGUUGCUGGCAGUGAAGAUGAAAUGAAUAAAUGGGUUGAAUGUAUUUGUUCAGUAUGUGGAUUAAAAAUGGAAGCCAUUCAAAACGAAUUGGCAUUAUUGCCAGCAAUUGAAAUGAAUAUCGACCAUCAUCAUAAUCAUCAUCAAAAUAAUAAUGGAAGCCAAAGCAGUACAAACAAUAGCCCAAAUCAUAAUCAUCAACAUACUCAAAAUACCAAUCAUAAUUUGAAUAUUAAUGAAGAACUUCGAUAUUCACCGCAACCAAGUCCAAAUGAACAACAACAACAGCAGCAGCAACACCAAUCGAUAAGUGAAUCAUCAUCAUUGUCAACAUUGAAUUAUAUACCAAUUUCAGAAUGUUAUACUGGAAAACCAUUGUUUUUAAAUAAUGAAAAUCGUAAUCAUAGUACACCACCACCACCUAGGCCACCAAAACCAUCUACAUUAACACAGCAACAACAACAACAAACAUUACAAAAUCAUACUAAUCAUCUUUUUCCGUCCGUUUCAAAAUCACAAAGUUCAUUGGCAUUAUGGCCACAGCAAGAUCAACAACCAAUGCCAACAGCAGCAACAACGAAAGCAAUCGGUAAAGUUCAAUUAUCAUCAUCAUCAUCAUUGCAUCAAGUACCUGGAUCUGGAUUAUUAUUGCAACAACAACAGCCUGCACCGCCAAUACCAUUACCGAAAUCAUUAACAACAACGGCGUUGCUUAACAAUAACAACAACAACAACAACACAACCGGCAACAGGUCGUUCUACCUCAAUUCAUCAUCAGCGAAUAAACAAUUAGGCAAUAAUCAAUCCUAUAAUUUUUAUGAUACUUGGCAUUCACGAUCAAAAAGACCGGAUUUUCUUCAUCAUCAUCAUCAUCAUCAUCAUCUUGCUUCUUCAACGCCUCCACCACCACCAACACAACCACAACCAACAUCACAAAAUUCUACAUUGAUACCACCACAUGUUAAUCGUGAUCUUAAACCAAAUCGUCAUCGACCAGGAAAUCAAAAUAUAACACAAUUUUUCAAUAAUCAACAGACAAAAAGUGACAGUAAUGUUGUGAUGAUGGAAAUGAUUAAUAAUAAUAAACAACCAUUCAAACGAAUCAAUAUCAACAACUCACAACCAAUCAUGACAAGCCGUCAUACAUUACCAAGGCCAUUGAUUACAAGCUAUACGUUGAGAAAUCAAAAUAAUAAAAAUAAUGAUAAUUAUUGCCAUCUAGUUCAUUGUGAACAACAGCCAAAAACAACUAUUGAAGACUGUGAACGCCAAUAUUUAGAUUUAGAUCUGGAUCUAGAAUCCACCUCGACCACCACCACCACUAGUAAUAACAAUAAUUCAAAUAGCCCAAAAACAACAAACGAUAAUGGCAUGGAUCAUGGUGGACAAUUAUCAUCGAUCCAUCAUCAUUCCAGCCAACAACAACAACAACAAUGGAACAAUAAUAAUAACAUUCCUGAUAAUCAAUCAUCGGAUUUAUUAUUCAAUAAUAAUAAUAAUUCUUGUGACCAAAUAAGCACUAAUCUGACGAUGGCCGAUUUUGCUGAUAAUCCUGGUACAGUUUAUAAAGAAGUUGAUUUUCUUAAAACAAAAGCUUUGAAUGAAAUGCGAUUGAAUAUGAAUAUUUACCGUAAAGCCAACUAAAUUGAUCUGGAUAGUUAAUAAUUAAUUGUGCCAAAACAUCAUCAACAACAACAACAACAAAGAAUUCAAGAUGAUUCUGUGAUUUUUAUUUUUAUUUUUCGCUUUAAAUUUUUUUCCAUAAUUUAAUUUCAAGCCAAAUUGUAUCCCAAUCUUAACAAAAUCUGUUGUGAUUGAAUGAUGAUGAUGAUGAUGAUGAUCACAUCUAAAUCAUUAUGACAUGAAUUUGUAUUUAAAAAAAAAAAUUCAUCCACUUUUUUUGUCACAAGUACAAAAUAAAUGAAAUCAAAUUU